AUGCAUUCCUCAACAAGCAGCUUACUUCUAUACCUGUUCGCCUCUGCGUCAUGUACAGCAGCAUCUCCUCUGUAUACUCAGCGUUCCCGAAGAACGGACCUCAGCACAAGCACCUGGAAGCCAUCAGCAUUCACGAACCCAACUACCGACAAGACCACAACACCACAUGUCCUUGAGCUCAUCAAGAUCGACAACAAGGGCAACGCCCGCAGCGCAGUCGAUCUCAACGGCCAGGUUAGAACCGGAUCCGCAAAUCUAGUCUCCCUCGCCGAAGGAGGCGGGUUGGCAACAGCAAUCACAAUCGGCGAUCAGACAUUCGAGGUGGUCGUCGACACAGGGUCCAGUGAUUUAUGGGUCAUCCGAGAUGAUUUCACAUGCAUCGACCCUGAAAGCGGGUGGGAGGUCGCACAGUCAGAGUGCCAAUUCGGGCAGGCAUACUCACCUGAUACCACAUUUGGUGAAAUCGACGGCGAGUAUCUGGACGUCAAGUACGCAGACGGGGAGAUCCUCUCCGGUAUUAUCGGUACCGAGAACGUAACAUUAGCCGGCAUCACGGUCGACCAGACUAUUGGAGUGGUUGAUUAUGCGGGUUGGUACGGCGACGGUGUCACGUCGGGGUUGAUGGGUCUCGCCGCGAACGCCUACACAACUGAUUACACGCAGCCAAGCCUCUACAACCCCAUUUUUGCAACCAUGUACGAACAGGGUCUCAUUGAUCCUUUCUUCAGCAUAGUGAUGAGCCGUAACGCAUCUAGUGGAACGGCAGCCGGGUAUCUGGCACUUGGUGGAUUGCCGCCUGUCGACAUCAAAGGGAAUUUCAGUGCCACGCCUAUCCUAAUCACGGACAUCAGAGGCUAUCCGAGGACUUAUGAUUUUUACACUAUCAAUAUUGAUGGAGUCUCGGUAGGCGACGACAGUUUGCCAGACGCUGGUGGUGACAUUCAGUAUCUUGUCGACUCAGGAACGACGAUGAACUACUACCCAAACUCCAUAGCGGACGCUGUCAACGCGGCUUUUAUUCCCCCGGCGGAGUAUAAUGACUACGAGGGGGCGUAUGUGGUGGAUUGUAACGCGAAAGCGCCAGUUCAUGGUGUCACAAUCGGGGGUUCGACAUUCUACAUCAAUUCAACGGAUAUGAUAUUGCCGGCCGGGAAGGAUGACUCGGGAAACAAAAUCUGCAUUAGCGGGAUCAAUGCUGGAGGAGAUAUCGGUCAGGGUAUAUUUGUCCUGGGAGGCACUUUUUUGAGAAACGUGGUGGCAGUGUUCGAUGUCGGGGCCGCAGAGAUGCGAUUUGCGGCGAGUGCUUAA